AUGUCUGCAACGCAGCUUUUGAAUCCCAAAGCAGAAUCCCGUCGCAGAGCAGAGGCGCUUCGAAUUAACAUCAACGCGGGAGAAGGCCUCCAGGAUGUUCUCAAGUCGAACCUGGGGCCCUCGGGCACAAUCAAGAUGUUGGUCGACGGCUCGGGUCAAAUAAAGCUGACAAAAGACGGAGCGGUCCUGCUGAAAGAGAUGUCAAUACAAAACCCCACCGCCACUUUGAUUGCUCGAGCCGCAACAGCGCAGGACGACAUAACCGGUGACGGUACAACGUCUGUAGUCCUGUUGAUAGGUGAACUCCUGAAGCAGGCAGACAGAUACAUCCAGGAAGGCUUGCAUCCAAGAGUCAUCACCGACGGCUUUGAAAUCGCAAAAACAGAGACCCUCAAAUUCCUCGAUACCUUCAAGAUCACGCGUGAUGUCGACCGCGAUCUGCUUCUCUCGAUCGCCAAAACUUCCCUCUCCACAAAGAUCAAUGCUGCUCUUGCUGCGCAGUUGACACCUUCAAUAGUUGAUGCGGUUUUAGCCAUCUAUCGGCCUCCCCAAAAACCCGACCUGCACAUGAUCGAAAUCAUGAAACUGCAGCACAAACUCAGUUCUGACACCACCCUGAUUCGAGGGUUAGUGUUAGACCACGGUGCGCGACAUCCUGAUAUGCCAAAGCGAGUCGAAAACGCUUUCAUUCUCACGUUGAACGUCUCUCUUGAAUACGAAAAGUCUGAAAUAAAUUCCGGCUUUUAUUACAGCAGCGCCGAACAAAGAGACAAACUCGUUGCCUCUGAGCGUCGCUUCGUUGACGAAAAACUGAAGAAGAUCGUCGCUUUGAAAAAUGAAGUUUGUGGGUCUGAUCCUAAGAAGUCCUUUGUGGUGAUCAACCAAAAAGGUAUCGAUCCUCUGAGUCUCGAUGUGCUGGUCAAAAACGGCAUCCUGGCACUCAGGCGUGCAAAGAGACGGAACAUGGAACGCCUUCAACUCGUCUGCGGUGGAAAGGCGCAGAACAGCGUCGACGAUCUCGAUGCUUCGGUGCUUGGAUGGGCAGGACUGGUAUACGAGCAGACCCUGGGAGAGGAGAAAUACACUUUUGUGGAGGAAGUGAAAGACCCGAAAUCCGUUACACUCCUAAUCAAGGGGCCGAACCAGCAUAGCAUCACCCAAAUUACAGAUGCGGUCAGGGACGGCCUACGAAGUGUGUACAACACUAUUGUAGACGGCUGCGUCGUUCCCGGUGCUGGAUCAUUUCAAAUUGCCGCCGCAGCGCACCUCUCGUCCGAAACAGUGCGAAAGACAGUCAAAGGAAAAGCAAAAUGGGGCGUUGCUGCCUUCGCAGACGCACUUUUGAUCAUACCAAAAACACUCGCCGCAAAUUCCGGACACGAUAUCCAAGACGCACUUGCUGCCCUGCAAGAUGAAUUUACCGAGGGGAACGUGGUUGGGUUAGACCUUGUGACUGGAGAGCCAAUGGAUCCCGUGCAAGAAGGCGUAUUUGACGGGUUUCGCGUGUUGAGGAACAGUAUUGCGAGUAGCCAGGGAAUUGCAAGCAACUUGUUGUUGUGUGAUGAAUUAUUGAAGGCCAGGCAGAUGGGGAGACAACAGGCCCCUGGCGGGAUGGAUCAAGGAGAAUGA